AAAAGAGGUUUCAUCAGCACACUCUUUCCUGGUCUUGAGGGCGUUGCAGCUUUUGGCGGAUAUAUAGCACGUACAUUCACAGCAAGACAGCAAGAUGCAGAGAAAAUAGAGAGAGAGGGAGGAAUUAACAUUUAAGGAAGACACAUUCCUGCUUUCUUCUAGACAGUCUUUCACGUAGUUAUAUGGAUGGCAGGAAGUAGCUUUGAGACCGAGUUCCUACAGACUCACAACACAUACCGCAAACAACAUGGAGCACCGCCCCUCGCCAUAAACAGAAACCUGUGUCGCUCUGCGCAGGCAUGGGCGGAGCACCUGCUGUCAAUCAAGACCCUCAAACAUAGCCAGAAGGACUAUGGGGAAAAUCUAUAUUAUGCUUGGAGUUCAGGAACCACAAAACUCACAGGACGUGAAGCAGUGGAAAGCUGGUACAAAGAAAUCAAGUACUAUAAUUUUGGCAGACCGGGGUUCAGCUCUGAAACAGGUCACUUUACCCAGGUGGUGUGGAAGGACACAAAGGAGCUAGGGAUAGGAUUGGCCACUGAUGGAAACACAACGUUCGUGGUGGGUCAGUACCUUCCUGCUGGAAAUAUAUCCAAUGCUGGGUAUUUUCAGAGGAAUGUCUUACCAGCCGGCUCCCCUGUAGACCUUAAAUCUACUGGUACUGGUACAGCUGACAAAGUGGGACAAGCACAUGGUGCAUCAAACAUGCAUUCAGACAGAAUUCCUUCACAUCCUCGCAAUGCAGCAACAUCACCACUAGGAGGUAGGAGAGAGCCUUGUGAGAACAGCACCUCCAUGGACAGAAGCUUUGAAACCGAAUUCCUACAGACUCACAACACAUACCGCAAAAAGCAUGGAGCCCCGCCCCUCAACAUAAACAGAAACCUGUGUCGCUCUGCACAGAAGUGGGCGGAACAUCUGCUGUCAAUCAAAACUCUCAUGCACAGUACUGGAGAGCAUGGAGAAAAUGUGUACUAUGCAUGGAGCUCAGCUAGCAAAAAACUUACAGGACGUGAGGCGGUGGAAAGCUGGUACAGUGAAAUAAAAGACUACAGCUUCAGCAGGCCUGGAUUCAGCUCUAAAACAGGUCAUUUCACACAGGUGGUGUGGAAGGACACAAAGGAGUUAGGAGUUGGAUUGGCCACUGAUGGUAACACGACGUUUGUGGUGGGUCAGUACCUCCCUGCAGGAAACAUCAGCAAUGCUGGUUAUUUUGAAAGAAACGUCCUACCAGCAGGUUCCCCUGUAGACCUAAAAUCAACCCCGUCUGCUGACAAAGUUGGACAAGGACUUGCUGCUCUCAGCAUCAAAUCAAAUCUGUUGCCUUCAGCAUCUCACGCUUCUGGACCACCAGCACAUGAUUCACAUCCAUCUCCAAAGAGCAACAGCCAAAAAGGUCACGACUUAUCACAGUUUCGCCAGUCUCUCCUUGAUGCACAAAACAAUUACCGACGGCAACAUGGGGCUCGGCCUUUCUCACUUUGCCCCACCCUUUGUAAAGAGGCUCAGGAUUGGGCAGCACAUCUGAUUAGCAUAAAUACUCUGAUGAACAGCGGCAAAGGCCAUGGAGAAACAAUGUCAUACAAAUGGACCUCCAACAUGGUGCCUCCAACAGGAAAAGAGAUUGCUGAAUCAUGGUACAAGGAAAAUACAAAAUACAACUUUACAACCCCUGGCUUUCAAAAUGGAACUGGUAACUUUACACAGAUGAUUUGGAGGUCCUCAGAGCAAGUUGGGAUUGGUCUGGGAUCAGAUGGAAAGGGCAAGUUUAUCACUGUGGCCUUUUACAAACCUCCUGGCAACAUCACCAACCCUGGCUACUUUCAGGAUAAUGUCAAACCUGCUGGAAAGUGAUCUGCUGAAUUCUAAGCGUUUUACACAUUUUAUUACUAAAUUAAUUUAUUAUUUUAUCACCUAUCACUCAAUCACAUAUUUGCAAUACCAUAUGAAUAUUACAUGAACAUAUAUAUUUUUGAAUAGUCAGCAGAAUAUUUCAACUGCUUCAUGGAUUAUUUAUUUUCAAAAAGCUUUAUAAAGUAUUAUAAAGGUAGUCAAUGUGACUUGCUUAAUAUGCCAAGUCUUCUCAAGUCACAUUUUUUGUGAUAAGUUUUUUGUCAUUAUUCACUGAUGAUGAUGAUGAUGGCAGCUUUGCGUGGAACUUGUGUCUAGCACUUCAAAGCACAUCCAGAAAAAAGCACAAAAAAGAAAGGGUUUUUAAAAGUAGCAAUUUACUUCUUUGCUGCUCACAAAGCCCUGGAGAGGUUGGGUGGGAAUGCAAAACUGGACUUGCAUGGUGUCAUGUACCU